CAUCCGAAAUAAUAAAAAAGAUACAAGUAUAGUUGCCAGUGUGUAGUUCUCUCGUGGUUAUCCGCGCGCGUUAUCGAUAUCGAUAAGCAAAACGCGCGUGCUUUCAGUAAGAACUUCUGACAAAAAAGCACAGUACACAAUUUAAAUACAUAACCAACAUGGGCGACUCAGCUGCGCCUCCAGAUCAACGCAAUGUUGAAAUUAAGGCGCGAAUUCCCGGAGGCCCAGAGGAAUUUGAACGCCGCUUGGACGUCGCCAAGAAGCUAAGUGGAGCCGCUGGCGAGUUAAUUAUGCAGCGCGAUGUAUUCUUCAAUUCUCCCCAAGGUGGACGCCUAAAGCUGCGCUACCUGCAAGCUCCAACGCGCUCUCAACUAGUCUACUACGACAGACCCGAUGUCGCCGGUCCUAAGCUCUCCAAAUUUAAUAAGAUCGAAGUGGACGAACCAUCGGUGCUCGAGAAGAUUCUCAGCCAGUCAAAUGGAACGCUGGGUGUGCUGGCCAAGCGACGUAUGCUCUUUCUGCAUGAACAGACUCGCAUACACAUGGACGAUGUACAUGAUUUGGGACACUAUAUGGAGUUUGAGGUCUGCCUGGAGCCGGAACAGACGUUGCAGCAGGGUCAAGCGAUAGCCGAAGAGCUUUGCAAGACUUUCGGCAUUUUAGAGAGCGACCUGAUGACUGGCUCAUAUUUCGAUGCUUUGAACAAGGGCGACAAAUAGGAAACUAAGCAGAUACCCCGCAAAUGUAUCUAUGUAUGUAUGUUUGGGAUAAGAUGGAAAGAAUAAAAUAUACAAGUUCUAUGCUUA